UACUUAACGUGCUUACAUGACAGCAGAGCUGGGGUGUGUUUUGGAGGCGGGAGCAGAUUUCAUAACAUUGCAUGUACAGUAUAAGUAUCAGCCUGCAGGCACACAUGCACACGUUUCCUCUCUGCUCAGCCUGAAGCUACAAAAUUCUGCAACAUGAUUGGCUUGACAGGGGUGAUCGUGCUGCUCAUUGCAGUGACUGUAGAUGGAAGAAUUGGAGACUCCACUAGUGAAUCCAGUUACUGCUCCGAGACGAAAGAGUGCUUGCUGUUUGACUUGGUUUGUGCGGGAAGUGAUUAUGAGGUACGCCACUAUGAUGCUGCCAAGUGGGUGACCACAGAAGCUGAAUCUUAUGUCAUGGAAAUUGCGGUUUCAAGAGCAUUCAGGAAACUUUUUAAGUACAUCACCGGAGAAAACGAGGCUGGUGCAAAGAUUGACAUGACCGGGCCAGUCACCAUAAAAGUCAACGGGAGCUCGAACAUGUGGCAGUCGUCAGUGUAUGUGCUCAGCUUCCUCCUGCCCUCCAACUACCAGAGCAAACCACCCAGACCAACUGAUCCAUCUGUAUACUUCACAGACAGUCCAGAUAUGAAGGUGUACGUCAAAAGCUUCGGUGGCUGGAUGUUUUCACUCGUGUCCAAAUAUCAGACUCAGAGUCUGAAGACAGCGCUGGACAAUGCACAGGCUACAUAUGAGACAGACUACCACUAUAAUGUGGGCUAUAACAGCCCAAUGAAGAUUACGAACAGGCACAAUGAAGUGUGGUUUAUUGUGAAGGGUGAGCCUGUGUGUCCUAAGAGUGAAUAACUUCAAGUAUUUGAGAGAGCUACAAAGAACAGCAGUGCAUUACCCUACACUACAGUCCCUGAAAACUAACCUUCCUCUUUUUAUACAUUUUUAAAAUGUGUGUUAUUUUAUUCAGCAUUAACUGGAUUUUACACCAUAAAUACUUACAAUUUUAACGGGUACACCAAAAAAAUGUGCAUAGCAUUAACUAAAACUAAAAAAAAUACAAGUGCUUCAAAAUCUAAAGAUAUUUUAAAGAAUGUUGGAAAGCCAUUAGCAAAAUAAAUACUAAAGAAGUCAAUGAAUUUCCAACAUUCUUCAAAGUAUCUUAUUUUGGGUUCAACAGAGGAACAAUUACAGAAUUUUCAUUCACUUUAGGUCAAAUAUAGAUCAAAUAAAAUGUCAAACAACAAGUCAUGGCAUUCUGUUUGUAAGCAUGUGUUAUAUAUAAAAAAAAUAAAAAACAACUGUUAACACUUGUA